AUGAAGAAUAUAUUUACUUUUAUCAUUUUGGUAUCUUAUGUGCUAGCAAAUGAAGACAAAUUGUUACAUUAUACAGCUGAUGAAGUUACAGCAGGUUCAUACAAGUAUUAUGGUUUAACGUAUGAUGGUUUCAUUAAAAUAAUAUUGAUAUCUGAAAUUGGUGACGCAGAUUUAUAUGCUUCACAAACAAUAUCAAAGCCAACUUAUGAACCACAUGAAUAUUGCCUUCAAUCUGCCACAUGUGGAGAAGAUAUUAUUCUUAUUCCUGAUAGCUUUAAAAGACCAGUUACUAUAGGAGUUUAUGGACAUCCAUCAAAUGAAAAUAGUAAAUACAUUCUUUUAGUGUAUGAAACCACAGAUACAGAAAAUAUCUCUUACGAUAGAAAUUCAAAGAUUCAUAUUGAUGAGGAACAAAAGCCACCAAUUUUAACCUCUAUUACAUGGUAUCUGUUAGAUUUAUUUUUUAAUGUCUUGUUUUGA